AUGAAGAUCGUCCGCUCCCUCUUGCUGGUUGGCGCGACCGUCGUUGCCGCCUUGGACACGUACUCGGCCAAAAUCCUCGUGGACACCAACACGUUCGAAUGCGAACUCAUCGAUUCCGUCCACGUGGCCCAGCUCCACCGCAGCGUGGAGCACCCGGACUCGUUCAUUGAGCUCACAACGAAGCGCAAAAGCCACCUCAACGACUUGGACCUGCUCCGGAACUCGGAGGAAGGCGCCCAAGAGUUCGUGGAAAUCAUCGGGGGAAGCGUCGACGCCGUGCUGGGCCAGCUGGCCAAGCGGUGUCCGUCCGGCGCACUGCGCCACAACGCCGAAGCCACCUCGACCUCUGCCGUGACCACCGUGAUCAAGAAGAUCGUCGACUCGGGCCCCCCCAAGAACCGCAUUGACAUUGUAUUUAUGGGCGACGGGUACCAGGCGUCGGAUGAGGCGUUGUUCUUCAAGGACAUCCAACGCCUGACCGACGACAUGUUCACCGGGGACACGUUCACCCAGUACCUCCCUCUCUCUUUAACGUAUGGGCGGUGCAUGUGCCGUCGGUGGACUCGGGCAUCGGCGUGGGUGGCAAACCUCGCAACACUGCCUUUCAACUGUACCGCGACGGCACCGAGCUGCGCGGCGUGUACCCCAACAAGCCGCAAUACGCCCGCGAUGUGUGCAAAACCGUGGGGGAGUUCGCGUGCGACUUUCCGUCGUUGA